GGGGUCCCAAAAUUCGGGUUGGAAGUCAUCGGAAUCCUGAUCGGCUGCCGGAAUUGAUCGAUUUUGCUCAAGAUAAGGAUAACACCUUGUCAGGAUUAUUAGAUCCCGAAGCGACAUCUAGCAUAUCGUCUAAUUUUAAACAUUUAAAUGCUUCUUUAUCACCUUUGAGCGUUUCACCCGAUGGAGGCCAUGAUAACGAAGUCCAGAAGUGUCGCCUUAAGGACUCCCAAUAUUCUUUAGCCGAAAUGGCAAUAUCAGUGGGUGAUUGGUUUGGUAUGAUGAUUUUUGGAGCUGGAAACCGAGUUAUUCUUGUAG